AUGAGUAGUGUGGAGCAAACCUUGAAUAUGUUCAAUGAAAUGCUUCACAUGCGUCCUCUGCCUCCUGUCGCCUGCUUCAGCCAACUCUUGGCUCAAAUCGCUAGAUUGGAGCGUUAUGAUGUAGUCAUUCCUCUUUUUAAACAAAUGGGUGUCAUGGGAAUCGCUCCUGAUGCUUCUACUCUCAACAUUGUCACUAACUGCUACUGUCAUAUGAAACAAGCCCCCGGAUUGGGUUUACCUGUUUUCCCACACUUCCUCAAACUGGGUCUACAACUAGAUCCCACCACCUUCACCUCUCUCAUCAACGCCUUCCUUCUUCAAACCACCACACCCCCCAAGAAAACCUCAAACCCCAAACUCUAUUAUCUUGACUUUGCGUUGACCGUGUUCCAUGAAAUGCUUCGCUCACGUCCUCUGCCUUCUGUUAUCCCUCUCACUAAGAUCCUGGGCCAACUUGUCAAAUUGAAGCAUUAUUCGGCCGUCAUCCCUCUCUUUAAACAAAUGCUUCUCUGUCGAAUCGCUCCUGAUGCCUGUACUCUGUCUGUUAUCAUCAACUGCUAUUGCCAUUUGAGUCGAAUGGGUUUUGGCUUGUCUGUAUUCGGUAGUUUCUUCAAAUUGGGUCUUCAACCGACUGUUAUUACCUUCAACACUCUCAUCCACGGCUUUGUUCUCAACAAUCAAGUGGGUGAGGCUUCACGAAUUUUCACCAACAUGCUGGAGGGAGGUCAUUGUAAGCCCAAUGUGGUCACUUUCACCACGCUUAUAAAGGGCUUUUGCAAGAAUGGGAACAAAAGCGCUGCGGUUCAGUUACUUAGGAACAUGGAAGAAAGAGGAUGCGAGCCUAACAUAGUUUGUUACAGCACCGUCAUCGACAGCCUUUGCAAGGAGACAUUAAUUGACGAAGGGUUGAAGCUAUUCUCGGAAAUGAUUACUAGAGGUAUUGUUCCAGAUGUUGUCACUUACAGCUCUAUGAUUCACGGAGUUUGCAGACUAGGCCAGUGGCGAGAAGCUACAAGGUUGUUGGAUCAAAUGUUGAGUAAACGUGUCUCUCCAAAUGUCUUCACCUUUAGUGUCUUGGUUGAUGCACUUUGUAAGGAAGGGUUGGUCUUAAAAGCCAAAAGUGUGGUUCAAAUGAUGAUUCAGAGAGGUAUUCAGCCUGAUGCAUUUAUAUAUAGUUCCCUUAUGAACGGUUACUGUAUGCAAGGAGAAAUGGACAAGGCAAGACAAAUAUUUGAUCUUCUGAUUAGCAAGAGAUCGGUUGAUGUUCAUUGUUGUAGCAUAUUGAUUGACGGAUAUUGCAAGGCUCAAGAGGUCGAUCAGGCUAAAAAGAUUGUCAAGAUAAUGCGUCUUAUGGAACUUGUUCCAAAUACGAUUACUUAUACCUCUCUUAUUGAUGGUUUUUGCAAAGCGGGGAGAAUUCAAGAAGCACAAAAUUUGUUCACUGAGAUGCAAGGUUGUGGGCAGCUUCCGAAUGCUCAAACUUAUACUGUGAUGCUGGAUGGUCUGUGUAACAAUCAGCAACUUUCUAUGGCAAUGGAAUUGCUUAAAGAGAUGGAAGCCAACAAACUGGAACUUACUAUUACAGUUUACAAUGUUGUUAUUGAAGGUUUGUGCAAGGCUGGAAAUAUUGAAUCCGCCAGAGAUCUCUUCUCUCACUUGUCAACAAAAGAACUUCAACCUGAUGUGAGAACAUACAAUAUAAUGAUCCAUGGACUUUGUCUUCAUGGCUUAUUGAUUGAAGCCGAAGAGUUGCUGAAGGAAAUGCGCAGUAUGGAACUAGUUCCAAAUACAAUUACUUACACCACUCUUAUUGAUGGUUUUUGCAAAGCGGGGAGAAUUCAAGAAGCACAAAAGUUGUUCUCUGAAAUGCAAUCUUGUGGCCAGCUUCCAGAUGCAAUAACAUACAGGAUAAUGAUUCAUGGACUUAGUCAUCAUGACUUGAUAAUUGAAGCAGAAAAAUUGCUCAGAGAAAUGGGAGGGAAGGAUGCUCUCCAGAUGGCCGGCAAUAUAACAACAUCAUCCGAGGUUUGUUGA